ACAGCGAUUGCUUACCAUCAGGUGACCCAUCAGCUCAUUUACUAGCUUAUACCAUAAAAAACACUUACCUUAAGAAAGUCGCCGGCGGUCAUAGAGAAGUUAUGGUUGGGCCGGUUCCCCGACGGACAGACGUCGGGGAAGCGAGCCGCUAUGAGCUGGUGUUCUGCUUACCAUCAGGUGACCCAUCAGUACAUUUACUAGCUUAUACCAUAAAAAACACUUACCUUAAGAAAGUCGCCGGCGGUCAUAGAGAAGUUAUGGUUGGGCCGGUUCCCCGACGGACAGACGUCGGGGAAGCGAGCCGCUAUGAGCUGGUGCUCUGCUUACCAUCAGGUGACCCAUCAGCUCAUUUACUAGAUUAUACCAUAAAAAACACUUACCUUAAGAAAGUCGCCGGCGGUCAUAGAGAAGUUAUGGUUGGGCCGGUUCCCCGACGGACAGACGUCGGGGAAGCGAGCCGCUAUGAGCUGGUGCUCUGCUUACCAUCAGGUAAUAUACUAGCUUAUACCAUAAAAAACACUUACCUUAAGAAAGUCGCCGGCGGUCAUAGAGAAGUUAUGGUUGGGCCGGUUCCCCGACGGACAGACGUCGGGGAAGCGAGCCGCUAUGAGCUGGUGCUCUGCUUACCAUCAGGUGACCCAUCUGCUCGUCUACUGGCUUAUACCAUAAAAAACACUUACCUUAAGAAAGUCGCCGGCGGUCAUAGAGAAGUUAUGGUUGGGCCGGUUCCCCGACGGACAGACGUCGGGGAAGCGAGCCGCUAUGAGCUGGUGCUCUGCUUACCAUCAGGUGACCCAUCAGCUCAUUUACUAGAUUAUUCCAUAAAAAACACUUACCUUAAGAAAGUCGCCGGCGGUCAUAGAGAAGUUAUGGUUGGGCCGGUUCCCCGACGGACAGACGUCGGGGAAGCGAGCCGCUAUGAGCUGGUGCUCUGCUUACCAUCAGGUAAUAUACUAGAUUAUACCAUAAAAAACACUUACCUUAAGAAAGUCGCCGGCGGUCAUAGAGAAGUUAUGGUUGGGCCGGUUCCCCGACGGACAGACGUCGGGGAAGCGAGCCGCUAUGAGCUGGUGCUCUGCUUACCAUCAGGUGACCCAUCAGCUCAUUUACUAGCUUAUACCAUAUAAAACACUUACCUUAAGAAAGUCGCCGGCGGUCAUAGAGAAGUUAUGGUUGGGCCGGUUCCCCGACGGACAGACGUCGGGGAAGCGAGCCGCUAUGAGCUGGUGCUCUGCUUACCAUCAGGUGACCCAUCUGCUCGUUUACCGGAUUAUUCCAUAAAAAACACUUACCUUAAGAAAGUCGCCGGCGGUCAUAGAGAAGUUAUGGUUGGGCCGGUUCCCCGACGGACAGACGUCGGGGAAGCGAGCCGCUAUGAGCUGGUGCUCUGCUUACCAUCAGGUGACCCAUCUGCUCGUCUACUGGCUUAUACCAUAAAAAACACUUACCUUAAGAAAGUCGCCGGCGGUCAUAGAGAAGUUAUGGUUGGGCCGGUUCCCCGACGGACAGACGUCGGGGAAGCGAGCCGCUAUGAGCUGGUGCUCUGCUUACCAUC